AUGCUUAUUAUUGUAGUAACUAUGUUUUUAAUUGUUGAAAUUCCGAUGGCUCUUUAUUUAAUUAUAUCAGGUAUAUUACGAGCACUUAAAUCAAAUUUUCUAGCUAAAGAAUUAAAUUUUGCUGUACAAUUAUUAAAUUUUGCUGUAUUACUUUCAUAUCCAAUAAAUUUUUUUAUUUAUUGUCGUAUGUCAAAAGCAUUUCGAGAUGCAUUUACAAAACUUGUAUGUCCAACAUGUAUUGAUACUCGAGAACAACGUUUACAAUCUAUUGCAGCACCAUUGAUUGGAAAACAAUAUGGUACAAAUGCAAAUGUUGAUCAAUUAGAACUUAAUAAUACAAAUAAAGAAAGAAAAUCUUCUAAUAUUGAAAAAAUACCGUUAUCAUCUGUGAUAUCAAAUUCUACAACUAAUAAAACAUGUAUGUCAGCACGUAAUUCAUUAAAUCAUCCGGUUAACAAUAAUAUGAAAAAGAUUUCAAUGGGAUCAUUAGUAAAACCGAGUGUUUCAUUUGGUGAUGAUGUUACUGAAGUGACUAAUACACAAUAUAUAGAUUUGUAA